AUGGAAAAUAUGUCACAUUCUGAAGAGGAUGAAUGUUAUAUAAAGGAGGAGGAAAAUGAAAACGGCAAUGAUAAAACUACUGAUGGUAAAGAGGUAGUUGUUUUGAGUGCAAAUGAUUUUUUGAAUCAGCAAGUUGUAAGUUAUGAAGAAGCUUACGAAUGUUAUGUAAAGUAUGACAAGUGUGUGGGGUUUGGGGUUCGAAAGGGGAAUGCGGCUGCUGAUAGUACUGGCAAUUAUGUUCGAUGCAAAGCACAAGUGGAUAGCAUGCAUAGACAUAGCCUCCCACCUUCGAAGAUCAUGGGUCUUAUUGCUGGACAAGCCGGUGGUUAUGAAUUUGCUGAGGAUGAACCUAUAAUGAUUGUGAGACAUAGUUUAACAAAUGAUGAUAAAUUGGAGCAUUUAUUCUGGGCAGAUGAUUUAAGUCGAUUUGACUAUCAAUAUUUUGGUGAUGUUCUAGCAUUUGAUUCUACCUACAGAAAAAAUAAGUAUAAUAGGCCGCUAGUUAUCUUUUCAGGCAUAAACCAUCAUCGCCAAACUUGUAUUUUUGGCUUCGGUUUGCUAGCAGAUGAACAAACAAAAUCAUACAAGUGGUUACUAGAUAACUUUUCAGAGGCGAUGAUGAAUAAGCAUCCGAGUCUUGUUAUAACAGAUGGUGAUAAUGCCAUGAAGAGUGUAACUGAAGAAGUUUUUCCAAAUGCUACCCAUAGAUUGUGUGCUUGGCAUCUGUAUAAAAAUGCAGUAUCUCAUAUCAAGGACCCAGAAUUUCGUGAGGAAAUUAAGAAAUGCUUGGACUACAGAAAUGAUGAGAUUGUUGCUGAAUUCAAAACAAUAAAUGGAGAACAUGUGCCCACAACAGGUUUACAUUCUCUUGAGCGUCAUGCUGCGUCAGUGUAUACUAGAGAGAUAUUUUGGAAAAUAUUAGAAAAGAUUAAAAGUGUGGCAGCUUUGGAUAUCAUGCGGUCUGGUAGUCGUUCAACAACUACAGAGUACAAGAUCAUCAAGUAUGGAAGACUUGAUCAUGAGUACAUUGUUUUAUAUGAUCAAGAUAAUCAGAAGAUGGUGUGUCAAUGUCAAAGAUGGGAUAGUUAUGGCAUUUCACGUUCUCAUAUGUUUUGUGUGAUGAAACGGGAACAGAUCAAGGAAUUGCCAGAAACUCUUGUAUUGAAAAGAUGGACUAAAGACGUUAAAAAAAUUGAUGAUGAUCAAAGUAAGAUAAAUGAAAAACAGGAUGAAGAAAUGAGCAUUCUGAUGCGGAUAGGUGCAUUAUCAGUUGCUAGUUCUUGUAUGAUAUACUUAGGAGGCAGAAAAUUGUCUCAUUUUCGCUACACAAUGAAGGAAAUUUGUAGAAUGACGAAAGUCUUGGAAGCAAAAUUGGAGCAGACUAUUUUACCGGAAAAAGGCAAGAAAGUUAGUGAUCCUUUUGUUGCAAAAUCCAAAGGUGCACCAAAAGUCUGA